UCAGUCAUGGGACUGCUGCUACCUCUCCUUCUUGCUUUACUUUCCUGUUUAAUUGGAGGACUCUACCUACUUGGUGUGUUUCGACGGCACCAACCAGGUGAACCCCCUUUGGAUAAGGGGCUCAUCCCUUGGCUUGGUCAUGUCUUGGAGUUUCGCAAAAACACAUUAAAAUUCAUCGAGAGGAUGAAGCAAAAACAUGGUGAUGUGUUCACAGUGCAGCUGGGAGGGUGUUAUAUCACAUUCCUUCAGGAUCCCCUGUCGUUUGGGGCUUUUGUUAAGGAGAGUCGAGAAAAGCUGGACUUCAGACGGUUUGCUAAACAGCUGGUGCGCAGAGUGUUUGGAUAUGUGGCAGUGGGGGAUGACCACAAUGCUCUCGGGGUCUUCAGCAACAAGCACCUCAAGGGGGACGGCCUGAAGGUAUUGACACAAGCUGUGAUGGAUAAUUUGCUGAAUCUGAUGUCUCAUGAAAUCGGCUCAGCAGCAGACCAAAGCAGCUGGAAAGAAGAUGGACUGUUUAUAUACAGCUACAAUAUCCUUUUCAGGGCCGGCUACUUAUCUCUGUAUGGCAAUGCAUCUCCCAAGUCAGAAGAAAGUGAGGAGAAAGCCAAAGAGAAAGACAGAGCGGAAUCUGAGGCCUUGUUUAAAGAGUUUCGUAAAUUUGACCAACUCUUCCCCAAAUUGCCCUACGAGGUCCUCUCACCGAGGGAAAGGGUGGAAACAAGGAGGCUGAUGGAUCUAUUCUGGAACACUCUGUCAGGGCAGAAGAUGAAGAUGAAGAACGAAGUAAAUGGCUGGAUCGGGGACACGCACCAGCAUCUAGAGGGGACUGGUAUGAAGGACUCAAUGAUAAGCAGAUACAUGUUCGUGCUUCUUUGGGCCUCUCUGGGCAACACAGGGCCAGCUUCAUUCUGGCUGCUCCUCUUCCUCAUGAAACACCCAGAAGCCAUGAAAGCAGUGAAGGAAGAGAUUGAUAAGGUUCUGAAGGAAUCAGGGCAGGAAGUCAGACGUGGUGGCCCUCCUAUCAACCUGACCUAUGAAAUGCUGAUGGAAACACCCAUCCUGGACAGUGCUUUGGAAGAGACCCUCCGCCUCGUUGUUGCACCUGUCCUCACCAAAGCUGUGCUCCAGGAUAUGACCGUCAAGAUGGCAGAUGAGCGUGAAUAUUUCCUCCGCAAAGGUGACAGAUUGGCUGUGUUUCCUUAUUCUGCUGUUCACACUGACCCAGAGAUCCACCCUGACCCACAUUCUUUCAAAUAUGACCGCUUUCUGAAUCCUGACGGGAGAAAGAAAACAGACUUUUACAAGAAUGGGCAGAAGGUGAAGUUUUACACCUUACCCUGGGGCUCUGGGGUCUCCAUGUGUCCCGGGCGUUUCUUUGCCUCUAGUGAGAUUAAGCAGUUUGUUUUCCUGGUGUUGGCCUACUUUGAGAUUGAGCUGAAGAAUCCUGAGGAGAAGAUACCUGAAUUCGACUUCAGCCGAUGGGGCUUUGGAUCCAUGCAUCCCAACAGAGACGUCCAGUUUCGAUACCGACCAACAUUUUAAACCCAACUAAUCAU